AUGGAUGAGUUCGCAGAUUUCGAAAUAAAUCAGGAUGAUUUAUCACAAAUAGAAGAAUUAGAAAUCACCUUGUUGAAUAAUAGUUUCCAUAUGAGUCUCAACGAAGGACAAAUAGCGGAUCUUUUGCAAAAUGAGAACUCCGAUAGCGAAAUCGAGGACAACUUGGAAGUCGAUCCUUAUGACUCUGAUGAUAGCGCAGCAGAUCCUUCUUUCGUGCCAUUUCGACUGGAAGAAGACCUACAAAAUAUUUUAGUAGACGAUUCUGAACCCCCAAACAUUUUAAUACCAUAUCAAGCCACUAGUAAUGCAUCAGAUUCAUUAGUUCCUGCAUCACAAGAAGAACAAACAGCGGAAAAUCUUAUUAUUUUGCCUUCUGCGUCGACUGUGAGAGAAAUGAUGGAUGAAAUUCUCCUACGCACUAACGAAGAUAUUUUAGUCAAAGCCAGCAAAUAUAAACAGCAAAGUUCGACCAUAUCAAUGCUAAGAAUAGAAGAACUUCUUUGA